GGAUAGGAUGGUGCAGUAUAUUCUUAUAUAUGCUUACGAUCCUGCAAAGCUGUCAUCUUGCAAGCAAACAGCCUGAAGUUCAUACUGAACUAACGUGGCAGGAAGGUACUUUGUCUUGCCUUCUUCAAUACUUACAAAGAAUAUAACGUCCGGGGUCGGGAACUCAGGGCAAGCCCCCCAAAAUAGGGAUGGCAUCAGGAGCGUUAUCGACCGAGGAUUUAGCGAAGCAGCCCACUUUCGCAUUGGACGACUUGGACUCAAACAUAUUGGUGACGGUGCUUAAGUUUCUGAGUCCCCAAGAGGUGGCUGCCGCAAGUCUCGUAUGCAAGCUUCUCCGCCACGCUGCUCAGGCUUGUGUGUUAUGGCAGCACUUGUACGACACCGCGCUUUGCCACAGCGUCAAGGAGCGGCUGCUGCCGCCACCGGCCCAGAUUACAGACUGGCGUGGCGCCGUGAUUCGUGGUCUGAUGCUGACGAAGAUCGAGUACGGCGUUUGGGAGCGGCUACAGCCCGAGGCGGAACCAGGGUCGCGCCCAUGUCCCCGAGAGGGCCACGCAGCUGCCAGUUGGGGCGCUGACUCCAUGAUCCUCUUCGGCGGUUGGGGAUCCGGAAUCCGCAACGACCUCUUCAUCCUGGAUCGAGUGUACGACGGAAGGGAGGCACCCCGACCCGCCACCCAUAAUAGUACCGGUGCUGGUGCUCCUGCUACUGCUACUGCUCGCCCCGCUGCUGCUGCUACCGGUGCUGCUGGCGCUUCCACUUCUACCUCCUCAGUUACGCCUGCUGGCAGGGGAAGAGGAUGCGGCGGCACGGGAAGAGGAGGUGCUCGUGCUGCUGCCGGCAGUAGUAACGGUACCGGGGCUAAUGCCUCCGCCGCUGCUGCUACGGAUGCAGCUCCCGUCGCCCCCUGGUUGACCGGCAGCGAGAGGCGGAGGUGCGGCUGGCGCUGGCGGGUUCCCCAGGUGGCCGGACGCAAGCCUGCAAUACGGUACGGCCACUCCGCAACUCGGUGCGGGCGCAACGGGGAGCUGCUGGCGGUGUACGGCGGCAUGCAGGCUGGCGGCUACUGCGGGGAAAUACACAGCCUGGCGGUGCUGCGGCCGUACACAGGGGGAGGAGGCGGCGGGGAGAGGGAGGCUGGUGCUGCCGGAGGUGCUGCGGCAGCAGCGGAAGGUGGCAGCGCCUCCUCCUCCUCCGCCGCCGCCCCACCCAGUUACGAGUACGAGUGGUUCCACCCCGCCCUCAGCGGCCCUGACCCCGGAGCGAGGGGCUACCAUGCUGCGUGCGCGUCCGAGGAUGGAACCAAGCUCUUCGUAUUCGGCGGCAUUGCUCGACGCGACAGCAUAACGCACCUAUCAGUCAUCGACGUCACAACAUGGACCGUGGAGACACCCGCCACCACCGGCACUCCGCCCACACCACGAUUCGGUUGCUCGUUGGCAGUGUACGGCAAUCGGUUGUGGGUGGUUGGCGGCGGCAAUGGCAGCGAUCUGGCUCGCUCGGGUCACGACCUCACGGAUUGCUACUGCUUGGACUUGGGGACGUGGGAGUGGAGCCGGCUGGAGACCACCAACCGCCCGCACAGUGAGGGGGCGCUGGGUCGCUGCCAUGCCUCCGCCCGGGUGGGCUCCAAGCUGCUCCUCUUUGGCGGCUCCCUGGACCUAGGCAAUGACGUCACCUGGCUGGACCUGAAAAACCGCACCUGGGGCCGACCCAUGGGUCUGCUGGGGCUACCGCCCGGGAAGCGCAUGAGCGCGGUGGCUGCGCUCAGCGGCAGCGACUUGCUGGUGUACGGCGGUUGGAUCUACUCGGCUGGGGAGGUUGGCGACCUAAGUCGGCUGCGACUGCUGCCCCAGGAUGAAGCGGAGCUCGCCCGAGCCAAGCAGGUAGCGGCAGCGGCCACUGCCCUGGCUGCGGCUGCGGCGGCCGGCAACGCCAGCGGCAGCAGCAGCGGCGGUGCCGGCGGCUCGUCAAGCCAGGCUGCUGCGGCACCUGAGGCCGCAGCAGCAGCAGCUGCUGCUGCUGCUGCUGCGGGGCUGGGCCAGCUAGGCCGGCAGGGCGGGUGGGCAGCGGCCGUUCCGGAUGCGGCGGAGCAGCUGACUGAGCUCCUGAGCGCCAAGAUUGCAAGAUACUACACUCUCAUGCGGGCGGCCCAGGAGCGCGAGGACGCGGGGAGCCACGUGCCGCUGUCGCUGGUGCGGGAGAUGCAUGAUACCAUGAUGACCAUCCGGCUGCUGCGGGAGCAUGCGGAGGAUGCGGGGGAGCGGGAAGAAGAGGAGGAGGAGGAAGAGGAGGAGGAGGAAGGGGAGAGGGAUUACGAUAGUGAGGAGACGGGAGAGGAGGAAACGGAUGAGGAAGCGGAGGAUGCUGGGCGGCGAGGACAGGUUGAUGCGGCGUAGAGGUGGGGCAGUUGGACGGCGAUGCGGCGGAUCCGGUGGCAGUUUGAAUGGGCAUGACGACACACUGGGCGGCAAUUGGAAGCGCCCUGAAGCACGCCCUCAUGCGACGAUUCGGGUAAAAGACAUUAUGGCUGCAUGUGCUACAGGCAGAUGUUAGUAUAUGGGGUUGAAGUGCAGUCGGCAUACGGCGGCCUUCAGCAGUGGCUUCCGUCAUGUUGAAUAAAACAAUUGAAUAAUACAUAAGGAGGCAAUUCGGCGAUGCG